UCCCAGAAGGCCAGGAGACGUUGGGGACACCAGGAAAGCUUCCCGGCCUGCCGCCCUUCCUUAAGUGUUUAAGGGCUGGCUCCCCUGCUAUGUGUUGGGGCGAGGUCCCCACGUGUCACCUCCUGAGGGAGCUUAUGGGGUGGAAGGAAAUUCGAGUCCGGCAGCCGCACUUAUGAGCAGCUCGGCGGCGGGACACGAUUGCUGCGGAGGCCUCAGCAAUAUCGACUUCAGACAGGCAGAUCUCUUCGUUAUGACCUGGCUGUUGGGGUACGUGGACCCCACAGAGCCCAGCUUUGUGGCAGCUGUGCUCACCGUUGUGUUCAAUCCGCUCUUCUGGAAUGUGGUAGCAAGGUGGGAGCAGAGAACUCGCAAGUUGAGCAGGGCCUUCGGGUCCCCCUACCUAGCCUGCUAUUUCCUGGGCAGCAGCAUCCUACUUCUGAACGUCCUCCGCUCCCACUGCUUCACACAGGCCAUGAUGAGGCAGCCCAAGAUGGAGGGCCUGGAUAAUCACGCCACCUACUUCCUGGGCCUUGCACUCCUGGGUGGGGGCCUCGUAUUUGUGCUGUCCAGCUUCUUUGCACUGGGGUUCACUGGGACCUUUCUAGGUGACUACUUUGGGAUCCUCAAGGAGGCCAGAGUGACCACAUUUCCCUUCAACGUGCUAGAUAACCCCAUGUACUGGGGGAGUACAGCCAACUACCUAGGCUGGGCACUUAUGCACGCCAGUCCCACGGGCCUGCUGCUAACGGUGCUGGUGGGCCUCGUCUACGUGGUGGCUCUCCUGUAUGAGGAGCCCUUCACUGCUGAGAUCUACCGACAGAAAGCCACCACGUUGCACAAAAGGAGCUGACAGGGCCAUGGGGGAAUCUGUGGAAAGCCGGACUGGCCUCCCGGCUGCCCCGGGCAUCAACUGUUCUUUGGGGAGAACAGCAUUGGCCACUACACCUGUGCCUUGGAAACCAGUCGUGGAUACCCCAGGCAUUAUGCCGUGUGACCACUGAGCCUCCCAUCCCCACCAUGCUCUGAUACACUAAUAAAGACAUGUGACCUCCGUG